UUCACUUGACGUCUAGUCUCUCUGUUGGGGUACACACGGAUUGACCACUCCUUUGGACUUUUCUUUUUUUCCUUGGAUAAUUGAGGACAAAAAGCUAAUCCACAAACAUGACUGACGCUCAACAAGAGGCCCGCUCCUACCUGAGCGAGGAAAUGCUGGCUGAGUUCAAGGCCGCCUUCGACAUGUUUGACACUGACGGUGGCGGUGACAUCAGCACCAAGGAGUUGGGUCAAGUGAUGAGGAUGCUGGGCCAGAACCCGACAAGAGAGGAGUUGGAUGAGAUCAUCGAGGAGGUCGAUGAGGAUGGUAGCGGUACCAUCGACUUCGAGGAGUUCUUGGUCAUGAUGGUGAGGCUGCUAAAGGAGGACCAGGCCGGCAAGAGCGAGGAAGAGUUGGCAGAGUGCUUCCGUGUGUUCGACAAGAACGGCGACGGCUACAUCGACAGAGAGGAGUUCGCCCUCAUCAUCCGCAGCACCGGCGAGCCCAUCUCAGAGGAUGAGGUUGAUGAGCUGAUGAAGGAUGGAGACAAGAACACCGACGGCAUGCUGGACUUUGACGAAUUCCUCAAGAUGAUGGAGAAUGUGCAGUAAAACCAGAAAGACUCAUGGACAUUCCUCCUCCUCCUCCCCAUUCUGAACGCAUCUGACACCCUCUCACACACACACACCCCCCACUCUCCCUCUCCUCUCCAUCCUUAUAGCCAUCCUCAACAGACAGCUAGGGCACCCGGCGGGGGUUGCUGGGGAGGCUACACUCUUCCCCAGCUCGCUUGUGAAUGCAUACAGCCGAUGGAUGCUGCGCUGACGCUGUACCCUGUGACAGGACGGCAAGGCUGUAAUGUGGAAAUUCACUGCACACACCUUUUGCAUGUGUUGACAGGUGUGUCAUCAGCGAUCGCCCCCGCCUGCUGAUAAAGCUCUGAUCUAGAUGUAGAUCUAGAUAGAACAGCAGCCUUCUACCUGUUUCGUAGAUCAAUUAAUUCAACAACUUCACUGUACAAAGAAGUAACAGAAUAAAUGAAUUAACACAUGCUCACUUGUAGUUGGUCUGUCAUAUUUAUGGUCUGUGUAAAAAGAUUUGUUUUGAGGAAUAUUAAUAAAAUCUGUUUGUUUCUUC